ACUUGGUAUCCGAGCAGGGAAGAGAGGCAACGUCCACUGUCGACAGUGGACGAGCUAACGUUACCAGCUAGCCUAGCUAGCUGUGAGCCAACCCGUUGCUAGCUAGCGAAGCUAUGCAUGUGCAGAUAAAUAAGUGAUAACGUCAGUUCUCAUUGCUUGCGAAUAGCUCCACAACAUUCAUGUUGCUGUCUGAUGCAAGAAUGGUAACUGUUACGUUGGCUCUCCCAUCAAGUCACUCAAUGUGGAGAAGAGUUAAUAACGAUGGACGUGCUGUUUAAUAUCCCACCAACGACGUGUGUUUGUAGCAGGAAGCUAGCGACGCACAUCUGAGGCGAUGCAGACCGACAUGUAACGUCACUCUGAAAUAACGUCAGGCUGUAACGUUAACAGUGUGAGUGUGCAGUCCUCCCUGCCAAGGAAGGAGAGGCACCAGGGACCAUGAGUGAGAAUGGCCCUCAUACAGAGGCGACAAUGUACUUUGAGGUGGAGGUGGAUCACCUUGAGCGUGACGACGAAGAAGAAGACGACGACGACGAAGAUGAAGAAGAAGAAGAAGAGGACAAGAUACACUUCGACAAAGAUGAUGAUGACCACCUGAUCGCUGAGCCUUCAUCGUCCUCUGGACGGGUGUACGACCGCACUACAGUACUCAUUGAGAGGGACCCAAUCCGGCUAGAUGAGGAGGGUGAGGAAGAGGGUCACUGUGGAGGGUACGAAGAUGGGGUCACUUUCCUAACUGAAAGGAAUGGAGAUGAGGAGGAUGGCACUCUGACCUUUAUGAGCGACCCUGAUGGCAUGUCACAGGGUUAUGUGCACCACACCAUUUCUCCGGACCAGAUCCAGUUCACAAUAAAUCCUGGCUCCACUCGCAUGCCACGCAACAUCGAGGGGGCCACCCUCACCUUGCACUCUGAGUGCCCAGAGACAAAGAUGAGAGAGGUGAAGCGCUACCAGUGCAUGUUCGAAGGCUGCACCAGGACGUACAGCACGGCGGGGAACCUGCGAACACACCAGAAGACGCACCGGGGCGAGUACACUUUUGUGUGCAAUCAACAGGGCUGUGGAAAGGCCUUCCUCACCUCUUACAGCCUCAAGAUCCAUGUGCGUGUUCACACCAAGGAGAAGCCGUUUGAGUGUGAGGUGCAAGGCUGUGAGAAGGCCUUUAACACAUUAUACAGACUAAAAGCACACCAGAGACUUCACACAGGCAAGACAUUCAACUGUGAAUCAGAGGGAUGCACAAAGUACUUUACCACACUUAGCGACCUGAGGAAGCACAUUCGCACACACACCGGGGAGAAGCCAUUCCGGUGUGACCACGAUGGCUGUGGCAAAGCAUUUGCUGCUAGUCAUCACCUAAAAACACAUGGACGGACACAUACAGGGGAGAAGCCAUUCAACUGUCCCAGCGAUGGCUGUGAGAAGACGUUUAGCAGCCAGUACAGUCUGAAGAGUCACAUCCGGGGCCACGACAAAGGACAGCCCUUCACUGUCACUCUCACCCAUCCGCUCUCUGAGGAUGCAAAUCACUCGCUGUGCCUCAGUGACUUGAGCCUCAUCUCUACAGACUCGGAGCUACGAGAGAACACCCAUAAUGCUCAACAUUUGGACCUCAGCAAUGUGAAAAUCUUUGAGCUCAUGUUCCAGAGUCCUGAAAAUAGUGUCAGCCAGGAUGAUGGCCACCCCAACGAGAGCCUUGCUGAAUCCUUCAGCCUAGAGACGGCUACCCAUUCGCUAGUGACUGAUGGAUCGCCUCUCAUCUCUUUCUCUUUCCAUCCUACCUGCUCAUCUUCCUGUUCCCACACAACUGCAGUUAUGGAGGCUCCUUCCCAGCUCAGUCAGAGCUCUUCCUCUCAGGCCUCCACCCCUGCUUCUGUCACUGCUACUGUGCGCUCAACACAGCCUCCCCCUUUCAUUCAAGUAACCGGGCCUCAGCAGAUCUCCGAUGUGCCUGCCCAAGCCUCUGUCCAAGCACCAAACCAUGUAACCCCUCAGCACUACGUGGCACUUCCACCCAAAUUCCUGCAGCCGGAUAGUGCCACCCAGACCACUCCUCGACCACCAGCUGUCUCCGCUCCGGCUGCAGUGGCUCCAGCACUGACGACCGCAGCGCCAGGCGCUGCUCCUGUGUCUGUUGUUGCAGCCGCCGCGACAGACGCUGUCGUGGCAGCUUUGGCUCAACCUGUGCCUUUGGCCAACAACCCUGUUACCAACUCUGGCCCUGGUUUGGCUACCACCCCUACCACAAUCACCAUAGCUCCCACCUCGAACCUGCUGCAGCCCAGCCUGGUCAUGUCUGACCAAAACCUCCAGUGGAUCCUCAGCAGUGCUGCCAACAGCCAGCAGAAUCCAGAACAAGCGUCACUUCAAGGAACUUCUAAAGUGGAAAAAGUGUUCUUCACUACAGCUAUACCUGUGGGAGGAAAUGCUGGCAGCUCGGUUCAACAGAUCGGCCUCAGUCUGCCCGUCAUCAUCAUCAAACAGGAGGAAUCCUGCCAGUGCCAGUGUGUCUGCAGGGACGCUGCUAAAGACAAAAGUUCAAAGAGUGCCUCCUCCAUUGUUUCAGCCCCAGCACAGCCGCAACCACCAGAGCCCCCUCCUCCCCCACUAUCACAACCCCCAGAGCCUCCACAUCAUCCAGCCACCUCCUCUUCUUCACGCAGCCUCCCCGCGUCUUCCUCCAAGGUGGGUGAGGUGCGGCUGGAGGCCCCCUCUUCUUCUUCUUCUGCUUCCUCUUCCUCAGCUCAGACCUUCUCCACGAUAGUGAGCAACACCGCCACAAACCCCCCCUCGUCUGACGGGUUAGCCAAUAUGGAUGUCUCGGACUUCCUCUCCCUGCAGAGCCCAGAGACAGUUGCCAACAUUGAGGCUCUGCUGCUGGUCGCCGAUGACUUCAACAUGGCCACUGAUGGCAAUACUUAGAAGAGCGGCCUUCUGAGUCUGGCACCAUGUGUUCGUCUUUUGCACCCACUCAUCCACAGGCAUCAAUUCCACCCACAUCUCUAGUCAUUCUCCACAGCGACGCCUCCUCGUUCUCCCUAUAUAGUGUGUGUAUCGUACCUGCAGUGCUUUCUGUUCUGUAGAGAAUUGUGCAACAUAUAUAUACACAAACUGAAUACUUUUUUCUGUCGAGUCUCAUUGCAGUAGUUGAAUUUUUAAAGAUGGGAUUAGUUUGCUUAUUGAGAUUUAGCAAUGUUCAUGCUAAUGAUGAUAAUCCAGGGAAAAAGCAGUCAAUCUUUUUUUUUUUUAUGAACAUAAUCCAAAUGUAUAUAAUAACCCUCAAUAUCCAAUUUGAAUUGAUUGAAUGAAACAGAUGAGUGUUGUCCAAGCACUGAUGACUUAAGAGUUCCAUUUUCCUUGAAGGUCAGACACCUUGAAGGAAAACCAAACUUGUCUGUAUAUCUUUGUACUGUACUACAGGUCCUAACGAAUGCUUAAAGCUGGCAUGCAACUGACCAGAAUGCACUGUAUAUUAGAGGAAUUUAAUUUGGACAAGCAUUGCUCCCAGUAGGAAUUUGAAGGGUUUGGUCACAUCCCCCCUCAUAAGGCUUACAGUAUGAAGUGAUUUCCUCAGUGUUUUUAUUUUUUUAUUUUUUCUAGGAAAUUUGUGAUGAUUAUCUUUUAAUUUCUUUUGACAGAUAUUUACUAAUCGCAAAAAGAACCUGUGAGCUGAUCUGUCUAAGUAAAAUUAAUAGAUCAAUAAGUUGCCUAUAACUUAAACUAAUUUAAAAUUGUACAUGUUAAUUUAUUUAAAUACUUGAUUCUUUCAUCAUACUGGUAAUACUAUUAUCCUUAAGAUAGCAGAAAAAUCUAUUAAUUUAUUCCAAUCACUUGUUGUAUUUUUCAGUUGAGCUGUUUUUAUUACUGUUACUGAAUUGUUUUGUUCUUUAAGAACGUAAUGGGUAUUGCUAAAGCAAGUUUGAGAAAAGAGGCACCGAUAGUAGACUGCACAGUGGAACAAAAUGUCCUAGAGGAUCUGCUUGUUUGCAAAGAUUGUCCACAAUGAAACAGUAAGGAACUACUGUCAAGAUCCCGUGUUUUAUAGGGUUGUGACCCUCUCAGGGAUGCAUCAAGUCAUAUGAUCCUGGUUCCUUUAAUUUGUUACUCAGACAUGCGUUUUUCUUACCAGAUGCCCACACUUGCAGUAGCCCUACGUUUUGCUGCACUCUUCCCUGUUUAUUGCACACUAACUUGUAAAGUGAGUAAUCUGACAGCUUGCUAGCUGAGGCGCAGCACCACUAGACUUUUUGUAUACAACUGCUGUAAAGUAGCAUUUAAAAGAUGGUGUCCGGGCAAUGUAAAUACAGUACAUUUUAGUGUAAACAUCUUUGAGAAACUUGUAGAUUCUAGAAUUUGUAUUUUUGUAUAGACUUUUGAAUUACUAACUCUGAGUUUGGAGCUAAUGUAUACCCUCGAUCCCUGCAUUCUUCCCCCAGUCACAUUUAUGCAGAAGAGUUUUUGCUGUGUUUUUAGUUGAAUUGUUCUUGGAGCAGCUGGGCUUUUGUACAGUCCCCAUAGUAACAAAAUAUAUGUAACACAUAGCCUCCUGCUCAGAGUUUAACAGUAUUGUUUCACACGGGACACAAUGCAAUGAUGAUUGAACCAAGGCAUUAUGCCCUGUAUACUAGUGUAGAGCUACUUGGCCUUACAACAUAACUAUUUCCUUGAGCCUCCUUGCCUUCAGUCUCUGCUUCAGACCGACUUGCCGUUGACAUGCCAACCCAUCAUCUUCAUCGAGUCUCAGGCAAUCACUUCCAGCAGCAGACCACAAUAAGGCAAAAUCGUUGACAGACAAAGUUUACGUUUUGGUUUGUUUUUUUCAGCUUUGUUUGUAAAGUCAUUAUUGGAUAUGCAGCAUAAGUUACAAGGGAUGCGAUUCAACAUUUUAGAUCCAGGUUGUAGGAUCAAAUCAAACUGACAUGCACAUCACAAGUCGUGUCUGGUUUCUUUUUUGCCAAAUCAUAGGAGUGGAGCGUCCCCUUAAUUCACAGGUGCCCAGAAGGCAGUUAGAUAUGAUGUGAAAGGCUCCAGUCACACAUGUUGUGCUCUAAACCAUUCCAUGUAUGCAGUAUUACUGUCUCGACUUGGUUCCAUUGGAUUACAAAAUGUUAAUUUACUCAACUCUUCGUUGUAAAGACACUCUAAAUUUCUGCCACGUAUCAACUUGAUACAUCAAUAUAUUUUCAUGAAGGCAUACAGUCAAAGAACUAUGCAAUUUUACAUAUGGCAUUUGCAAGUUUGAAUACCGACUCCACGACAAAAAGAUUUAUUCCACCCUCAAUUAAAUGGUAUUCUGCCACAACCUUAUAUGCGGAACUCGAGGCAGAAGUUGCCUUUCUAAUGCAUAUAAUGUGAAACAGGUUUCUUGAACUCCAGUAAAUGUCCAAGUGCUGUUCCCAUGAAUGUUGCAGCAAAGUGAUCCUUUUACAUGCGGUUUAAAACAAACUGGCUUUGUUUGAAGGAGUAUUUAGUGAAUGAUUCUGUUUUAAGAAUUAUUUCAAAAGUCAAAUGUAUGCUGCAGCUUUUUUUUCUUUUCUUUUUUACUUUUACAUUUUAUGUAAACACGUUUCAUUUGGGCUCACUCCAUUUAUGUAAUCAUCACCUUUCACAUUCAAUUUGUUGGCUCAUCUUCACCAGUAAAAGUAAAACUGACAGCUGUCCAUUUGUUGUAAUCAAUAAGCAGAUAAAUAGUUGGAUAUGUGGCCCAGGUUUGUCUUUGAGAGUUCACCUGAAAUGUCAGAUUCAGAAAAAAUAAAAGUACAAAUUAAAUCA